AUUAUUUUUUAAUGUAAAAUGGUAUAUAUCAUAUGUAAGAAUUUAAAAUGAUUUCUUAAUGUACAAUGUGAAAUUGUGUCCCCAGCCGGACUUUUGCGUGGCAUACAAAGAUGCCAGCUCUCAUCACUCUCCAGACCUGCACACAGCCAACAGCAGCUGAUGGAGAGGGAAAAUGAUAGUGAAUCGGAAUUUCAAGAAGAACAAAUGAGGGCAACUUUGAAGUAUCCAGAUUAUUUUAAAGUUGCCAAUUUUUUUACUGUAGAAGAUCUUUUCAAAGCUCGAGUCCACCUAGGACACAAAGAGGGGUCUCUUGAUCCCCACAUGCAUCCCUUCAUCUUUGGGUCUCGUCUAGGUCAUCUCAUCAUAGAUCUUGACCAGACAUCGCAACAUUUACGCGAAGCUCUGAAUUUCACAGCUCACAUAGCUUACCGCGGAGGAAUCAUACUUUUCAUCUGUAGGAAUCCACAGUUUCAGCAUUUGGUAGAAAACGUAGCCAAAGAUUGUGGUGAGUAUGCCCACACCAGAUUUUGGCAAGGAGGAAUCUUCACUAAUUCAACCAUCCAGUUUGGAUGUGAAACUCGAUUACCAGACCUUGUAAUCUUUAUUAAUACCUUGAACAAUGUCCUCACUCAGCAUACUGCAGUAAGAGAUGCAGCAAAGAUGUUGAUCCCUACUGUUGGUAUUGUUUAUACUAAUUGUAACCCAAACCUUAUCACAUACCUGUUCCUGGAAAUGAUGACACUCCUUCAGCUGUAAAAUUGUAUUGUGAUU